AUGCUGGGGAAGAGAGCUCGAGGGGCGUGGGCAGGGAGGUGGCCGGAGCCGAUAGAGACGACCCCGCGGGGGUGGUACCGCCGGACGGAGGAGGGCGGCGCCGCCGCCGUCUUCCCGGCGAGCCCACUGGAGCGGGACGUGAGGUCACCAAAGGGGUGGAUGAACCGGGUCUCCGCCGGAGUGGGGCUCGGCAUCGUGGCGGCGCUGGAGAGGACGGGUGGCCGCGGGGACGUCGCCGCCAAGGCCGCCGUGGGCACUUCCACGACAGGUACGUCUACGCGGGCGGCGGUCUCCUGGAAGGGAGGAUGGUGGAGCAGCGGCGUAGCUGGGACUCAGAAGAGCUCGCUUGGGGGGCUCUUCUGCGGAGUUGACGAGGACGACGAUGAUGGGUUCCACUAUCGAAUCCUCAGCUCAUCCUCGUCCGUCUCCUCUCCCCUCCGACUCCCUCCCGUCGGGCUCCCCUUCUUCCCCGCUGCGGAUUUCCUCAGCUCCUGCUACCUCUGUAAGAAGAAACUCCACGGAGGAGACAUCUACAUGUACAGGUAAACCUCAACCUGCAACACCUCUCUCUCUUUCUACCCGUCACGGAUCCGGUCAAGGGGUAAUAAGCCUGGCGGUGCAACAGGGGGGAGAAGGCGUUCUGCAGCAUGGAGUGCCGUGGGCGGCAGAUGGUCGCCGAGCAGCUCCAAGAGAACUGCUCCUCCGAAGCCUCCAAGCCGCCCUCGGACUACGCCGCCGGCGGGCUCUUCUGCACAGGCUCGGCUCCAGCGUAG